AUGUCUGCGCUCCAGCAAAUCAUCUUCCACCCUUACCUCUCGCAGCUGCUGCGAUUCUGGUCCACCACCGUCGGCAGGGACAAGACCUACCGUACCAUCCAGUAUGCUGCCCGAUUCCUCGCUUGGUACGAAUACCGCAAGGGUGCCACCAAGGAGACCGUUGCCCGCCUUACCGCACUCAAGUCCCAGCUCGGUCUCAGCCGAAAGCUGAUGCGCGUCGGCAAGUUCCUCGAGCACUUCCAGGCUGCGCUCAAGGCGACCACCAUUCAGGACCCUGUGGUCUCGUACGCCGCCAUCGGCCGUCAGCUUGGCUACGGCUUCUACCUCAUCCUCGACACGCUCCAAUGGAUCCACGGUGCCAAGGUCUACACGUUCGAAAAGGCGACCGCGGACAAGAUCUCGAAAAACGCAGCUCGCUUCUGGCUGCUCGGUCUCACCUUCUCGCUCGCCUCGGGCAGCUACAAGACCUAUGUGCUGCAGCAGCGCGCCGCGAGCGCCAAGCGCCCCCGCGCCACCGCCGAGAAGGAGGCGGACCGCAAGAUCGAGCUCGCCCAGAUCUCGACCGAGCAGGCCGCUGUGCGCUACCAGAUGACGCAGGACGCCCUCGACUGGCUCAUCCCCGCCACGGGCGCCGACAUCCUCGGCCUCGACGAAGGCAUUCUCGGCCUCGCAGGUUGCGCCUCCUCCGUCAUGGGCGCACGCACCCAGUGGAGGGCCGUCAACGGCUCUUCGGCUGCCAAGUCCAAGUGA